AUGGCUCCGGGCCCCUUCUCCUCGGCGUUUCUCUUGCCACCUCCUGCUGCCCUGCCCUUUCUGCUGCUGCUCUGGGCAGGGGCAUCUCGUGGGCAGCCUUGCCCCGGCCGCUGCAUCUGCCAGAACGUGGCGCCCACGCUGACUAUGUUAUGUGCCAAGACGGGCCUGCUUUUUGUGCCACCUGCCAUUGACCGGCGCGUCGUGGAGCUGCGGCUCACUGACAACUUCAUUGCGGCUGUCCGUCGACGUGAUUUUGCCAACAUGACCAGCCUGGUGCACCUCACCCUCUCCCGGAACACCAUUGGCCAGGUGGCAGCUGGCGCCUUCUCUGACCUCCGAGCUCUGCGUGCCCUGCACCUCGACAGCAAUCGCCUGGCAGAGGUACGUGGUGACCAGCUCCGGGGCUUAGGCAAUCUCCGCCACCUGAUCCUUGGUAACAACCAGAUCCGCCGGGUGGAGUCAGCUGCCUUUGAUGCCUUCCUGGCCACUGUGGAGGACCUGGAUCUAUCCUAUAAUAACUUGGAGGCCCUACCAUGGGAGGCGGUGGGCCAGAUGGUAAACCUGAACACCCUCACGCUGGACCACAAUCUCAUCGAUUACAUUGCAGAAGGCACCUUUGUGCAGCUUCACAAACUGGUCCGUUUGGACAUGACCUCCAACCGCCUCCACAAACUCCCGCCUGAUGGGCUCUUCCUGAGAUCCCAGGGCACAGGCCCGAAGCCACCUACGCCACUGACUGUUAGUUUUGGUGGUAACCCUCUGCAUUGCAACUGUGAAUUACUCUGGCUACGGAGGCUGACUCGGGAGGACGACUUGGAGACCUGUGCCACCCCUGAGCACCUGACUGACCGCUACUUCUGGUCUAUCCCAGAGGAGGAGUUCCUGUGUGAACCCCCAUUGAUCACUCGGCAGGCGGGAGGCCGGGCGUUGGUGGUAGAGGGACAGGCAGUUAGUCUGCGGUGCCGGGCAGUCGGUGACCCUGAGCCGGUGGUACACUGGGUAGCACCUGAUGGACGAUUGCUGGGGAACUCGAGCCGGACCCGGGUCCGGGGGGAUGGGACACUGGAUGUCACCAUCACCACCUUGCGGGACAGUGGCACCUUCACAUGCAUCGCCUCCAAUGCUGCCGGGGAAGCUACAGCCCCCGUGGAGGUGUGUGUGGUGCCGCUGCCAUUGAUGGCACCCCCACCUGCUGCCCCGCCCCCUCUCACAGAGCCUGGCUCCUCUGACAUCGCCACACCUGGCCGGCCUGGUGCCAAUGACACAGCUUCUGAGCGCCGGCUCGUGGCUGCUGAGCUGACCUCGAACUCUGCACUCAUCCGCUGGCCAGCCCAGAGGCCUGUGCCUGGCAUCCGCAUGUACCAGGUGCAGUACAACAGUUCUGCCGAUGACUCCCUUGUCUACAGGAUGAUCCCAUCCACCAGCCAGACCUUCCUGGUGAAUGAUCUGGCGGCUGGCCGUGCCUAUGACCUGUGCGUGCUGGCUGUCUACGACGACGGGGCCACAGCGCUGCCGGCCACGCGCGUGGUGGGCUGCGUCCAGUUCACCACCGCUGGGGACCCAGCACCCUGCCGUCCCCUGCGGGCCCAUUUCCUUGGAGGCACCAUGAUCAUUGCCAUCGGGGGCGUCAUCGUCGCCUCGGUCCUUGUCUUCAUCGUCCUGCUCAUGAUCCGCUACAAGGUCUAUGGUGACGGGGACGGCCGCCGUGUUAAGGGCACCUCCAGGUCGCCCCCACGGGUCAGCCACGUGUGCUCCCAGACCAACGGCGCAGGAGCAUCGCAGGCCCUGCCACCACCCGCACUAGACCGCUAUGAGGCACUACGUGAGGUGGCAUCUCCAGCUGCUGCCCCCAUCGCCGUCGAGGCCAAGGCCUCGGCGGUGGAGGCGGCCUCCAUGGAAUCGGAAGUGGCCCUUGGACGCUCUCUGGGCGGUUCGGCCACCUCGCUGUGCCUGUUGCCGUCCGAGGAAACCACCGGGGAAGAGCCUCGGGCCGCAGCUGGCCCUCGGAGGAGCCGUUCUGGGGCGUUAGGGCCGCCAACUUCUGCACCCCCGACUCUGGCUCUGGUGCCUGGGGGUGCCCUGGGCAGGCCUAGGCCGCAGCAGCGCUAUUCAUUCGAUGGAGACUAUGGGGUGCUCUUUCAGAGCCACAGUUACCCGCGCCGCGCCCGGCGGACAAAGCGCCACCGGUCCACGCCGCACCUGGACGGGGCGGGAGCGGGCGCGGCUGGCGAGGAUGGAGACCUGGGGCUGGGCUCCGCCAGAGCGCGCUUGGCCUUUACCAGCACCGAGUGGAUGCUGGAGAGUACCGUGUGAGCGGCAGGCAGGCGCCGGGAGGCCUGGGUGCCCGGACACAUGCCCAGUCGC